GUUCGCCCCGUUUUCGAAUUUUCGGUCAAGUUUCGUAUGUGUAAUUAAUAACUAAAUCAGUUUCGUUCGCCGUGACUUGGUAAUAGUGCUUGAAAUAGUGAUCAAUAUGGAUGAUUGGAAGUUUAAAAAAGUUUAGCUCAUAUUUAUGACUCAAGAGUUGAGUGUUUAAUUCUUAGGAACCAACCAGUGAAAACCAUGCCAUCACCCGUGGAACAUUAAAUCAACCAUGUCGGAAGCGUCCAUAGACCGGCCGCGCAGCCUCGCGCAGCGCGCAGCAUCAGGAUGCGCACGCGCCGCAUGCUCGCAGCUCGGGCUGGUGAUGUUAGUGGCAGUCUAUGUGGUGCUGGGCGCACUACUGUUUGAGUAUCUGGAGUCUGGACCGGAGGUGCAGCAGCGGUCGGCGAUACAGCGGUCGAGAGAGGAGUGCUUGAAGGAGCUCUGGGCUAUAACAGAGCGCCUCAACGUCCUCUACGAACGCAACUGGACCCGCCUUGUCCACGAGCAGCUCCGAAAGUUCGAGUCCUCCAUCGUGGCUGCAGCUCGCCAGGCGUCCGAUGUGCAACCUCAGGAGUUGACCCUUGAGUCUAAGUGGACGUUCUCUGGGGCGCUCAUAUACUGCAUCACGUUGAUUACUACAAUAGGUUACGGCAAUGUAUCACCCCGCACGGCGGCAGGUCGGGCAGCGACCGUGGCGUACGCCGCAGCCGGCGUACCGCUGACGCUGGCGUGCUUGGCUGGUCUAGGCGCGUCGCUGGCGAGGCUGGCGAGGGCUGGCUGGCUGACUGCUACUAAGAAGAAGGUUCCCAAUACUUGGAGAAAAGAGGGAGAGGUAAGCUUUGAAUUGAAUCACCAUAUAAUUGUAAUAUUGGUGUAA